CGAACCUGGGCCUUGGGCCCUGAUUGUGUUGCACAUGAAAAACACGUUUUUGAAGCAGUUUCUCCGACUUUCCAGAAUUUUCAAGUGAUCCCUCGCUGCCAACUGCAAGUGCAGAGGUCCGUUUCAGUCCACUGCAAAGAACUGAACCUCUGCCCGAUCCUGGACUGUUCGUAUAGCCGGUACCAAUUUCACUAAUACUCUAUUCUAAGCUCGGCGAUCGGCUGUUCGGGCCCUCGAGCUCAAGUGACGCUGGGAGUCGAGUGGGUAGUGCGAUUCUUGCCGUGUAAGCGGUCGCUAUCUCCCAGUUUGGACAACUUCGGUAUCCAUACACUUCUCAAGCUCAACAAUGGUCUUGCUCAAACGUUCCAUUACUCCUCGAGGAGCUCGCGCGCUGCUUUGAUAAAAACCUCGUUUCUUUGCACUUGAACCGAGUGGUUGGCACCCGGGACCAUCACCAAACUUUAGUUGGGAAUGAGAUCCGCAAUGACCUUUGACUGCGCUGCAAAGAGCAUCCAGCUGCAAAGUCUUCAGACACUGGCAUACACGCACAGGGCGGACAGAUUCGAUCUUCCUCUCCAACUAUGAACAGUGUCUUGGCGGAAAUAGUCGCAAGCUUGUCCCGAUAUUCGAAGUAUUUCUCUGCUUUGGAGUAGAGUGCAUCUAGACAUGCUGUGUGCAGUGACUGCCCAACGCGCGAGGAAGGAGCGCCUAUUGUGAACUUCUGUGUUGUAAAUUCCGACCCGGGCUGCUUUCAGUGCAACGUCUGCGUUGAACUUUCUGCUUUCUGCGUACAGUGGACCCAGUGCAAACAUGACCAGUCGAAACUCAAGAUCGUCCUGGAAGACCGAAAAGACCUUGUCCAGCAUAGCGAUCAAGGUUGUGGGGGCACGGGGAAGUCGUGCCUGCAUUCCAUCGAUCGUCAUGUACAUUUGAUGUGCCGGUCAGCAAGAAUGAUUCACCGAAGCCACGCCCGCCAUGCAGCAGGAUAAUUAGGAGCCUGUCGGGUGGACCAGAAAGCUUGUAUUCAAAUUCUGCGCCAUUGAGGGUUAUCUGUGGCAUGAUGGACAGAGAUAGACAGAGAGGUCAUAAAGUUCCACUAUCAUCGUUCGUUCUUGCGGCUAGAUAAGAUUAUUCGAAUCAGAUAACGGAAGAAGGCUGUGCACAUCUGCUGCAGUCAGGACUAAGUAACAAUCAGCUCCGAGUCUGACCGCAACCAUGGCCACGGACGGUCAAAUAACAACCCACGGAUUUCCUCCAGGCUACUUUGUCAUUCGUUCCGAGGCGAAUCACCGCCUUCUUGACGUGGGCGGUCACAGCAACGCGGACGGGGCACCCAUCCUGCUCUGGCCAGAGAAAGAGAAAUUUCUCGUUGAAAAUCGGAGGCGCCCAGAGGCAGACAACCAGGUCUUCUUCAUUGACACGAGCGGGGCAUUGUGUUCCAGAGCUUCUGGGCAUGCCGUGGAUAUCGAGGGUGAUCAAUUGGUACUUCGUCACCGCCGACCUGUUACCUAUCCAUAUCCGAAUCAUUACUCGCACCCCCUCCCUCGCUUCUCUUACACACCAUCGACGGGCGAAAUCACCCUCCAGUUCACGCAUGAUCCCUCUGUGUCAGCGCCAGCGCACACGCCAACCUCCGACUGGAGACGAAAGACGUACAUACUAACAAGCUUACCGCUUCGCAAGCCACGCACGAUCUUGGAUGACGCGCACGCGUUUAUCGCGUCGACGAUCACUAGUCCCAUUUCGUCGCUAUUUUCUGGGGGGCAGGGCGCGAGCCCAGAAGUCAGGCCGGAGGAUGUUUAUGGGACGGAUAUCGAUCUGGGGGACAACGAAAUCGUGGAGGAAGAGCGAGGGGAGGAGGCCGAGACCGACGAUGCAGCAGAGUUGGGCCGGGAGGUGAGGGUUUUGGGCAUCAUCAAUAAGGAACGCGAGGAGAAAGAGAUCGUGGAGCAAGCGAGGUCUCGUCGAAGGUGGCAGAUAUCGGUCAUCAAGCAGAUAGAUGCUCGCACAGGCGGAAUUUAA